AUGGGAGAUGCGCCUCAUUUGACGCCCCGCCAGAUUUGGGCGGUACCAACAACGACCACAGCGCAGACGUAUCCCUCUGGGUGCACGCCUUUUGUUCUGCCGAGCGAAGGCAUCGUUCGUAUCAACAACUCUUAUGCCCUAACUUUGACCGGCAACGCUAUCUACGAACCCGUCUGCACUGGCGAUCCGACCGACUACGUCCACGUUUCCGCCGUUCUCGAUACUCGUGACCCUUUUUACUCCUCCGUGACCCCGCAACUCUAUGCGAUUGGAUGUGCGACUGUCGUCAGUUACGUCCUGGUCAUCAUUCUUCUUAUCACGCCUCGCACUUUCUUCAUUGGUGGCCCUGGUGGAGGCGCCAAUUUCCUCGGACGCCAUGGUAUGAUCACCGGCUCCUACAGCGGCAACUCGUCCGUCGUUGGGGUGGGUGGACGGCCCUGGCUGCAAAAGGUCGCCGCGACGUUAGUGGCGAUAUCCUUGACGAUUGCGACGGUGGAUUCUUUCAAGGUGGCCCAGCGACAAUAUGAUUAUGGGUUCUCUGAUGCGGAGGCGCUUUCGCAGGAAGUGAUUGACGGGACAGAAAUUCGCAUCUUCCGCGUGAUAUCGAGUACUUUCCUCUGGCUGGCCCAGGUUCAGACGCUGAUCCGGCUCUUUCCGCGCCAUAAGGAAAAGGUCAUGAUCAAAUGGGCUGGGUUCGCCCUCAUUGUGCUGGAUACGACUUUCAGCUGCCUGGAGAAUUUCAUGGUGCGCAACACGUCGACCCACCCGCGCUUGUACGAUGAUGCAAUCCCUGCCCUCAGCUACCUGUUCGAGUUGGCCCUCAAUCUGCUCUAUGCUGCGUGGGUUAUCUUCUAUUCGAUCUCGAAGCACCGCUAUGCAUUCUUUCAUCCCAAGAUGCGCAACAUCUGCUUCGUGGCUCUUCUCUCGCUGUGCGCAAUCUUGAUCCCCGUUAUAUUCUUUGUCUUGGACAUUGCAAAACCCGAGAUCGCCGGGUGGGGUACCUAUAUCAGAUGGGUGGGCUCGGCCGCGGCCAGUGUGGUCGUGUGGGAGUGGGUCGAGCGGAUAGAAGCGCUAGAACGAGAUGAAACCAAAGAUGGAAUUCUCGGAAGAGAAGUCUUUGAUGGCGACGAAAUGCUCGAAGUGACACCGUCCGAAGAGGUCGAUUGGCCACGAUACUCAUCCAACGACUCUGAUAAGGGAGGCGGAGACGGCAAUUCCUCGGGAUGGGGAGGCAUGAUCAGCUUACCGGGACGCCCGUUGCGGACACGAGUCGGCUUUGCUCGUGGUAAUCGCAAUCGUGGUAACGCACGAAACGGCCAAGGCAAAGGGACCAUGUCUCCUCGGCGAAACCCCCGUCCCACUCCUCCGCCGGCUGCGGUAACCCCCGUCAGUCGAACCGAUACCACAAGUGCGGCAAGUACCGUCUAUAAUGUUCGAUAUCACCCUGUGGCGACGCCUACCCCUCCCGUAACGAUGCCGCACAUGUCGGAGGAAACGGAUUUGGAUGAUCCCAAAGAGCUGGCGAUUGAGGAUGUUUCUCCGGAUUCAAUGAGAGCCGAUCACGAUCCUGCAAACCCCGAGAGCAGGGAGCAAUCGCCCCAGAUCAUCGCGACCGAUCCACGAUGGCGAAAUUUGCUUAAUCCUUUUAAGAGGCGGCGUGGCUCAUUGCCUAAGGAGGUUGCUUCGGCCCAAGCAGGCGAAGCUCAAACAGGCGAUCACGACAGCCCUGCUUCGUCCGAUGAUGAAACUCAUAUGCAAAGUGCGCAACCACAGAACCGAAACAACUUCUUCUCAUUACACCGUAAUCGCUUCCCUGGAAGCGGUCCUCAAAGCACAGAUGCGCCCCUGCCGGUCACUGUCAUUCCCGCCCGUCGCCGGGGCCAGCCGCACACUUGGUCUCCACAAAAUCGGAUUUGGGAAGAGCGUACGGGAUCAGAUGCUCGGCCCAACCGUGCGGACCUGCCCGUGCGUGUGAUCCCUUCACAGCCUCAGGCUUCUGCCCCGUGGGAGGGUGCAGAUCUCGAGAAUGGGGAUGGAGACUACACACUGCGCUACGACCCCGACGCCGCCGCACUGAUCGACGAGGAUAUCCAUGGUGGCUACAAGGAUCCGCGUAGGACCCCCGAAGCAGGCCAUUGGACGGAAAACCACGAACUAUCUGAUCGAGAUUAUCCUGCUUCGCAACAGCCCAGCUCUCCUCUUGACGAUUCGCCUGGCCCGUCGAGAUCUUAG